AUGCCAUCAACAUCAUACAGAUACAACGUAACUACUGCAUGUGAUUUAUGCAGACGCUUAAAAAUCCGAUGCAAAAAGGAAACUCACCUCAAUCAAUCUACCAAGUGCAAUGGAUGCAUAAAGCGUAAUGCUGAAUGUACUUAUCCUGUUCACCAAGAAAGACGUGGGCCCAAACCCAGAACCAAGGAAGAAUCUCCAGAUAAUGAAAAACUCCUUACAUCUCCUUCCAGUAAUGAUCCUAAGUUGUUUCCUAGUUUAUCUCAGGAGCUCGUUGCAAAUGAACAUGAAUUAUAUAAAUUAUGUCCUGAUUUAUCUCAGGAGGGAAUAAAGCCCAUCGUUAAUAAUCAUGACUUUUAUGAAUUAUGUCCUGAUUUAUCUCAGGAGGGAAUAAAGCUCAUCGCUAAUGAUCAUGAAUUUUAUGAAUUGCUACCUGAUUUAUCUCAAAAGGCAAUAAAACCCGUUGCUAAUGAACAUGAAUUAUAUGAAUUAUGUCCUGAUUUAUCUCAUGAGGAAAUAAAGCUCGUUGCUAACAAUCAUGAAUUUUAUGAAUUGUUACGUGAUCUAUCUCAAAAGGAAAUAAAGCUCGUUGCUAAUGAUCGUGAGUUGUUUCGUGAUUUGUCUCAAGAGGACAUCUCUACCUCUACCACAUCAUCUUCAUGCCCAUAUGAAAAUAAUCCAGGUCAUUAUUGUCAUAUAGG